AUGCAAGAUUACAGAGCAGAGAUUCAGUUAUUAGCACGAGCGCAUCAGUAUCGGCUUCAUCCUUUUGCCCUUAAAGAGCUUUCAGAUUAUGUUGCUGGUUUGGGCAUAGAUGAUGAGAGGCGGCGUGAGACACUCCGAGAACUUUUUGCACUUUUCCAUAAAUUAUGCCUAACUGAUCGUUUUAUAGACAAAGAAAAAAUGCUCUCCGCUAUAGCGCAACAGUCUGCUAAAGAUAGAAGAACUUCUGAAAAGGGUGCCCCUUCUGUUAUUCCUAUUUUAUUGGACGAAAUACCUCGUGUAUACAUGGAUGAACGAAGUGGUGAAAUGAAGGUAUUGUCAUCUAAAGAUCCAGAGGGUAAUCGUUUUGGUGCACUCCGCCAACGGUAUCUGUUUGCUAGGAGACGUUGUCUAAGAAGUGGUUUAUUUCGUCGUGAUCUUACUAAACAGUCUUUAGAUGGUGAUUUACCACCCCUGCUUCCAAGUAUUGCUCUUGAGGGAAUAGAUCCUUCUGAAAAUGUGGCAGUAUUGGGAAUGAUUAUUAGGCGUCUUAACGAAAUUCACUUGGAAGAUUUAUAUGGAUGUCUUAAACUCUUCUUACGUGAGGAUAUACAACCUCCUUUGGGUAUCGUGGGAGAUGGUUUUCUAGUUAUAGUAAAAGGGCAGUGGUGUAAUGGUCGUCUAACAGUUAACAGUAUUGAUUUACCACCAGCGGAAAGACGUGAAAAUACUUUACGAGAUAUUGGUUCUAAUUACGAUCUUUUUGGACACUCACCAGCAGAUCUCACAGCAGCAUUUAUGCAAGAAAAAAGUUCUCUUCAAUCUGUAAUUAUAGUGAUGUCGCAUAUCUAUUUAGACCAACAAUCUACAAUAGAAAAAUUAAUUAUUUUCUUUAGGGAAAUGCAGAAUCGAACAGAAAGUGAAUUAGCGGAUACUACAUUGGUUAUGGUAGGUGAUUUCUCUUCAACUCCACUUCAUUACGAGGAUGUUUCUCACCUUCCUGAACCUUUUGAAGGCUCUGACCGCUACAAACUUCUUCUGGAUACCCUUGCGACAAUCAUUACGACACAUGCACCAGGUGUAGCUCAACACACACAAGUUAUACUUGUUCCUGGACCAAAUGACGUUACAGGUUUACUGGGUGUCCUACCUCAGCCUCCUAUUGUUAGCGUAUUUGGAAAAACUUUACAGACACGACUAAAAAGAGUGGUUUUUGCACCAAAUCCUUGUCGUUUGCGUUUUUUCACACAUGAAAUUAUAGUUUCACGCCGUGAUUUUUUUCGAUCUUUACAAGAAAGUACUCGUGGAUUCGAUUGGUCUUCUUCAGAAGAGGCCAGACAUGUCACCUCAUUUGAAAAAGUUGCUAAAACCAUUGUUGAUGAAGCACACUUAGCACCUGAAGUUAAGGAAAGCAUUUUAUGGAAAGUGGAUGGGGCUCUUUGUAUGCCGACCCUUCCUCAUUUGUUAGUCCUUUGUGAUAGUACAGAACAGUGGGAAUGCACAUACAAAGGGGUGCGUAUUGUUAAUCCAGGUUCCUUCUCUCUCGCUGCAACCUUUCUGUGGUACACACCUGCUGAUGGUGAAUGCAGUCUAAGCAGCGUCGAGCAGUAA